UGGUUAGAUGUCUGAGGAUUGCUAUGCUAACUGGAGUUUCUUUGUUAAACAGGAACUAACUCAUUAUCAAAAUUAAUAGAAAAACGGUUAGUCUUGGGCCCAUACAUAUGUCAACAAGUCUAGCUGCUGCUACUUUCAACUGCUGGAUAGGUGUUGCAUUUGCUUCAAGGAGACACAAGCUCAAUAAUAGUCCUUCGCUCACACUAGAAGGCAAAAUAAAAAUUUUACUUUAGUCAUACGCAUUUGAAAUCAAUUUGUCUUCAAUUCUGUGGGGUUGCCCCUUUUCCUCAUAGUUUCUUUUUCUUUUAUUUGGGGCUCAACUCAUGUAAAAGAUAUAUUGUUGAGUUGUGAGCGGCGAUAUAUUCAAUGGAGUUCAUUAAUGUCACUGCAUCCAAUGAUUUGGAUAUGAAGAUAAAUGCCAUUCUCAGCAUUAUCGUGCAAGAUGAUGGAGAUUCAUUCGCCAAGAGGGCUGAAAUGUACUAUCAAAAAAGACCCGAGCUCAUCCAAAUGCUUGAAGACUUGCACAAAUCCUAUCGCUCCUUAGCUGAGAAGUAUGACCAGAUGAGAUCCGAAGUAAACGACGAUUCUCAUCGAAGCCAAAUCCAGGGAGUGCAAAAGUUUGUUGAAGGUAAUAAGGAAUUGAAUGGAGUACAAUCUAAUUCCCAUUCCAAAUCCAGUACCGCUGAAGAUCCUGAUCAUGACACUGAAUUCGACGAUGAUUACUCAAAUGGGCAAGCUGAUGAGUUUACACCAGCUGACUCUAGCAAGAGCUCAAGGAUGGAACCAUACGGUAAAAACCAAGAUCAACAGGAUAUGAUUAAUGGCAUUGGAUUCCGUCGCACUACAAGUGACGGUUCUCAAGCAGCCAUGUUGGAAAAUGAGAAGCUGUGGAAUGAACUAAGGUUCAAGGUCUCCGAACUGGUCGAAGAUAACUUAAGCCACCAGGCUGAGUUGAUAAGGAGAAAUGAUGAGAAGAGAGAAACAAUUAGAGAUCUUUGUACCAAGCUGAACAUGGUGACGCAGGGGGGUGAGAACUGGUCUGUGAAGAGCAGGAGCUCUUUGGUAAGCCAUAAAGUUUUGAAGAAAAGUCGGUCUCAAUUAUCAAGACUAAAGAGACUAUUCCUUGGGAGGUUUCUGAAAUGAAAUACUAAGGUUGGUUUCUCCAGGAUUUAAAACCAAUCAGCACCUAU